UCUGAAAUAUAUUUCUCCGGAUUUGUUCUGUUGCCACAAACAGCUCUGGAGCGACGUAUCUGAGGUUGCAGACACGGCAAGACAAGAUACCCGAGAAUCCUCCGAUUUCUACGAUCUGGUCCCGCCACGCUCCUCUAUCUCACACACGAGAAAAUCACAAAAUUUACCCCACCACACGCGACUUUCAUCUUCGACACAACACCACACCGCAUCGAUCACACCCACCCAUCAUGGCUGAAAACGGCGACAGAUACGGCAACGACUUAGAGUCUGACUCGGACUCUGGUCCCGGAUCCCCUACCUUGGAGGCUCAGGAAGACAACCACGAGGAGAUCGAAGAGAAGCCAAUCAAAUCGGCCUUGAAGAAGUCCUCUCACAAAGAAGCUGCACCGGCCACCAUACGCCCCACACUACCUCCCCAAACAGAACCCAAAGACCUAGAUGUCAAGACCCUGAAUCCUCUGACGCCAGAAAUCAUUGCCAGACAAGCAACGAUCAAUAUUGGUACUAUUGGCCAUGUGGCGCACGGAAAAUCGACAGUGGUGAAGGCGAUCUCAGGUGUGCAGACAGUCCGGUUCAAAAACGAGCUGGAAAGGAAUAUCACGAUUAAGCUUGGUUAUGCCAAUGCGAAGAUCUACAAGUGCGACAAUCCAGAGUGUCCAAGACCAGGAUGCUUCAGAAGUUACAAGAGCGAGAAGGAGGUCGAUCCCCCUUGUGAACGAGAAGGAUGUUCUGGUACAUAUAGAUUGCUCCGACAUGUUUCCUUCGUCGAUUGCCCUGGCCACGACAUUCUCAUGAGCACUAUGUUGUCUGGUGCAGCAGUCAUGGAUGCUGCUCUUCUGCUGAUUGCCGGUAACGAGACUUGCCCACAGCCUCAGACCUCCGAGCAUCUUGCGGCUAUCGAAAUCAUGAAGCUUGACAAGAUUAUCAUUCUACAGAACAAGGUUGAUUUGAUGAGGGAAGAGGGCGCAAACCAACACUACCAGUCAAUAUUGAAGUUCAUUCGUGGAACUGUUGCUGGAGGAGCGCCAAUUAUCCCAAUUUCUGCUCAGCUGAAGUUCAAUAUCGAUGCCAUCAACGAAGCAAUUGUUAAUACCAUCCCCAUUCCUCCCCGAGACUUCUCGAUGGACCCUCAAAUGAUCGUUAUUCGAUCUUUUGAUGUCAACAAGCCCGGUGCCGAGAUCGAGGAUCUGAAGGGGGGCGUUGCUGGUGGUUCUAUUCUGCACGGUGUCCUGAAGCUUGGUGACGAAAUCGAAAUCCGACCUGGAAUCGUCACCCGAGACGAGAAGGGGGCUAUCCAGUGCACUCCCAUUUUCAGCAGAAUCGUCACACUGAACUCAGAAAACAACGACCUGAAGUACGCAGUUCCUGGUGGGCUUAUUGGUGUUGGAACUCGAAUCGAUCCCACCCUUUGCCGUGCUGAUCGUCUGGUCGGUUUCGUCGUUGGUCUGAAGGGCCGUCUUCCGGAUAUUUACGUUGAGAUCGAAGUCAACUACUAUCUCUUGCGAAGACUCCUGGGUGUCAAGACGGCAGAUGGUAAGCAAGCUAAGGUUGCUAAGCUGGCCAAGAACGAAGUUCUUAUGGUAAACAUUGGCUCUACGGCUACCGGUGCGAAGGUUGUGGCUGUGAAGCAGGACGCUGCGAAGUUGGUGUUGACAAGUCCCGCUUGCACGAACGUGGGGGAGAAGGUUGCUCUGAGUCGUCGUAUUGAGAAGCAUUGGCGCAGGUUGAUUGGCUGGGCUACUGUAGCUGCUGGUGUUACACUUGAUCCGAGCACCUCGUAA